UAAUUUCUUUUACUUACUGCACCUAAACUAACGAAAGAAGAAACUACCAAAAAAUUCGUUUCAAUUCUGUUACCGAACCUGUAUAUAUAACUCGAUACAAUUAAGGAAGAGAAGAAGACAAAAAAGCAGUUGUUAUUCGGCAAUUAAGUGCAAAGAAUCCUCAUAAAUUUUUUUGUCGUCUGCUUCUUUAAUAGAGUGGUAUCUUGUGAUAAAGAAGUUCUUUUUUUUAUAUAUAUAGUGCAGCUAGUUCGGUGUCUUUUCUCGGAUCACUUACAUACCAUUGUGUGUGUGUUUUGCGACGGGCCGCGUUUUCACCUAACCCAAAACGUGGGGGGAGAGAACGAAGUGUCGGGGGGAACACGAGUAGUACCUCUGUCGGCUUCGCAUAUUAUGGAGGCGGCGGAAAGCGGCUCUUGAGUUGGAUCACCAGUGUAAAGAUUGUGUAAAAAAGAACAAGGGUCCGUCUUUCUACAGGAUGCAGCUCGGCUUGCCACAGUUGACUAUCAUCAUUGUUUCCGUCCUGCAGACUGUGCACGCCUCCUGGUGGUAUCUUGGAAUCGCGAGCUCUUAUCAGACCCUGAAGGACGAGUUGGAACACACCCCGGAGGUGAACAAGUGCGACAGUCUGCCCUUCCUGGGCCCGAGACAGCGCGAGAUGUGCGCCCUGGAGAACAAGCUGAUCGACAUCAUCCACGAGGGCGCCUCCAUGGGCAUCGAGGAAUGCCAGCACCAGUUCCAGAACCGCCGCUGGAACUGCACCACGUUCAACACCACCAACGUGUUCGGCAAGAUCCUAAAUACAAAAAGUCGAGAGACCGCCUAUAUUUAUGCUAUAUUCUCUGCUGGCGUCAUGUACAGUGUGACGAGGGCGUGUUCUAGAGGGAAGCUCGAUAGGUGCGGGUGUGACCAGAACGUUCGCAGUGUGGAUACUUCUGGCAAGUUCGAGUGGGGUGGUUGCUCGGACAAUAUCCGAUUCGGUCACAGAUUCUCCAAGGAGUUUGUGGAUUCCAAUGAAAUGCGACGGAGCGAAAAGGGCCUGAUGAAUGUUUGGAAUAAUGGCGCUGGACGAUUGAAUACCAAGGAUAAAUUGGACUUGAUCUGCAAGUGUCACGGCGUGUCGGGGUCCUGCUCCAUCAGAAUCUGUUGGCGGAGACUGAAGUCCUUUCGGACGGUAGGGACCUACCUCAAAGACAAAUUCGACGGCGCCAGUCUGGUAAAGAUGAACAAGAAGCGGACUAAGUUGCGGCGGAUUGGGAAACACCAGAAGCGUCCGACGCGGAAGGAUCUUGUUUACAUUGAACAAUCGCCGGACUUCUGUAACGAGGAUCCCAAGUAUGGGUCCCUGGGAACCCACGGGAGACAGUGCAACCAGACCAGUUACGGUCUGGAUGGGUGCGGCUUAAUGUGCUGUGGGCGUGGCUACUACACGCUCGUCACGGAGGUGAAGGACGAUUGCGACUGUAAAUUUUACUGGUGUUGCAGAGUAGAAUGUAAGCAGUGUACGCAAGUUGUGGAAAAACACUUUUGCAAUUAAAAAUGGUUGUCGGCCGUAACAGUGUUUUUCGUUUGCUCGGCGAAUGUGGCCGAUAGAAGCAAAUUAAGAACACAAUAGGGCCUACACAAGUUUUUGGUUCUUAGGAACUAAAUAUGCAGUGAAAUAACAUUAUGAAGAUUUUUUUUGUGGGUUUUUUUUUUUUUUUUUGUAUGUUAAUUUUUGUUUCGGUUGUGUAUGUUAUAUUGGCCACAGAUGAUUGUUGUGAUGUUUAUGAAUAAAUAUGAAGACAUCCUGUGAAGAAGAUGAGAUGAAGAGACGUGAAUGCGGGAAAUAUAUCCAUGUGGCAUUUGAAUGACGAUAUUGCUUUAUAUUAUCGUGUUAUGAUAUUGUGCACCGAGUUACAAAAAAACUGGAGGCAUUAUUUUGUCACUUCUUUUCAUACAACCUUAUGGUGUAAUGCAGGUAGGUAGGCCCUGUCAACAAGGGCUGACGCUAGGGUAAUUGGUGUCGAGUUGUUCUCCCAGGAUAAUAUGGAAGAAGGAAUUGCGGGUAGGAGGAUAAUCUGUUUGUCAUGGUCAAAUUUCCUCAAAUUUAGACCCUUGUAAAAUUGUUUUCGCAUUUCAUAGGGGUUUUUUUUUAUGUAGUCCUGGGGUUCCUUUAUUAUGGCCAGUUACCUAAAAUGAUGACAUCGGACCUUGGGCAUUUAUGAACCCCUGUCCGAAAGCUAAUGUAAAUAUUAAAACAUUAAUAUCUAGAUUUGGUGACCACUACUUGACUUAGUUGGUAUCGCGUUAUUGGAUUACGUAUAUCUUUGCUUGGUAACGUACUUCAAACUAGUUUAAUAUAAACAAAAAACAACAAACCUUUAUGCUUGGUACAUGAAAUAUUUAAAUAACAGUGCACAAUAGUGAGGACAGAUAUUGUGUUUUUUACUGAAUAAAUGCGUAACGAAUGCAACUGACGCUCUCUUUUUAAAAUGGUUUUCAAGUACACUGAAAUUGUAUAGUUAUCGAACAGUUUAUUGCCACAACCAUUGCGGAUAAGCAUUGACACAGUCAAAACAUCGUUAUCUCGACACUUGUUAUCUCGAGGUGCCUUUAACCUUGAGAACCCAAGAUAUGUUGAGGUAGAAAAAUUCUGCUAUGGCAUAAUUUUCACCAACGAUUAUUAAGUUUAUCUCGAACCACUGAUAUCUCGGUUGUUGCUUCUUUUCUUUCACCGUCGAGAUAAUGACAUUUGACUGUAUAGCAAAUACCGUGUAUAUUUGGAGGAUGGACAAUUAAGGAUGUUAAGAGUACAAGCAGUGCCUGUAUUAAAUAGCAACGAAGAAGCAAUGGUCUGAACACGCAGAUGGCGUACUCUUUUCAAAAGGCUUUCAAGGGUAUUUAAUUGGAUACUUGCAAUGCGACAAAAACAAUCUGAAUGCUUUGUCUAGGUUUUCUACAAUAUACUGAUGCAAGGGAUAAUGCAAUAUAUGGGGGGGGGGUCUUCUUAAUGCUUAAUGAGUUAUACCAAAACAUUGUUUCCAGCAGAGCUAGUUGCGUAAUAAAACAGUACCCACACAAAAAAAAACCAAUCCGUCACUGGAAAAAGUUUCACUAUUGUUUAACACUGAUCAAUCGGGUUCAGAUUAGGUGACUUGCACUGACGAUUUGAGUGGUCUAUCGAGCUGGAUGUUUUUGGUUGAACAAAUACAAAUACUAUCAUCCAAUGCUUCUAAUCAUCUACGCAGAUAAGACGUAUAUAUCAUAAAUGGGCAAUGCAUCCCGUACUAAAUAUUUAAAUCUAUUAAUCUGCUAAAUGAUUCACAAUUGUCCAGCUAGAACAUGCCUUAAUGUGGAGUUUUAAUUUUUCUCUGUGUUUUUUUUUUUUUUCUUAAUUUUUUUUUUCUUUUUUCUUUUCUUUUUUGUUUGUUUGUUUGUUUGUUAUUGUUUUUUGGUUGUUGCCUUUUAAACCAGUUUUAAAGAAGCACCAUCUGAAAUAAUAUCAAACUGUUACUCUUUAAGGCUUCGAGAAAAAUAUACAGAUUGCCACUGGUCAGUUUCUACUAUAAACGGCAAUGGAGAAAAAACAAGAUUACCCCAUAUGAUAAACGGCUUCUUGGUUUAAAUUACUCGGAUGGGACGCAGUUGUUUAAUGGAGGUGACAGCCUUGCAGCUUUGAAAGUGCGCGUAGUUGUAUUUGUUAGACUAUAAACCAUGCUUGCAUUUCACUGAUUAACUCUGAUUAACAGUUUCACGUCACAAGAUCCUCAACACUUUUUUUUUAAAACAAUCUGGAAAGUUCUGACAUACAAGCAAGCUGCAUAAUUUAUUAUAUUUUAUAUUUUGUAUAUAAUGUCGAAGAUAUGAUAUGUAAUAAAAUUGGCAAUGAGCAUACUAACGGUUAAAUGUACAGGACAGAGAUGUUACCUUGGUAACAUCCAAGAUCCACUUUGAUUGGUUAGUUUACAUUAUGUUAACCAAUAAGAUGUCUAGAAGGUACCUUUAAAUGGUCUAAGUAUUCUUAUUGGUAUUUGUGUUGUGUUACAUAUCUAGGUUUCUUUAGAUUAUAUACACAGACUAAAAUAGCCAAAUGUGUGUAAUAUGUGCCACCUGCAAUGUGUAAAAAACAAAUAAACACUUCUUUCUGUCAUGUAUUUAUAUCUACACAUAUAGACACUUUAUUCUUAAAAGUAUAGCUUCAUUCUGUUUCAAAGUGCAUUCAAUCUACUCCUUUGAACUUUAUAUUAAAUAAACAAGACAAAUAACUUGAUUUAAAUAUGUUUUAAAUGUGUCAAAUUUUAUACAUUUAAAAAUGUGUUAAAAGGUUU